AUAGUUUGUUUGUAUUGAAAGACAUUUAAAAACGUGUUUUACAUGAGUUGUCAUUUCAAAUGAUCACUGAUUUGACUAAUUAUGGCAUCAAUUGAUGAUAAUGUGAACAAAGACAAUGUCAAUGAAGAAGAGGAGGCAAAUCCAAUACAAGAGACUAUUCAACUAAUGAAGACUAUCAAAGACAACGCCGAUAAUUGCUAUCAAAUGGCAUCAAAUCUAAUAACAAGACUUAAAGAUGAAGAGUUGAACACUAAAGAUGGAAAUUCUUUGAUUGAACUCAAGAACCGUAUGUUUCUUUCAUAUCUUAUGGAUCUUAUAUUAAUGGCAAUGAAGAAGGUUUCCGGAGAACGUCUGGAAGGGUUCGAUGCCAUCAAUAGAUUAGUAGAAAGCAGGACUGUCUUAGAGAGGAUGAGACCAAUUGAACAUAAAUUGAAGUACUCUUUCGAUAAAUUGAUUAAAACAGCCACCGAUGGAACCGUUGAUCCAAAUGAUCCCUUAAGAUUUAAGCCGAAAUUGCAAUCAAUUUUAUCAAAAAAUGAUAACAAUAUGUCCGACGAAGAUAUGAAUGAACAAAAUAGCGAUAAAUCAGAUAAUGAGAAAUCAGGACAAACGAGUGAUUACAAGAAAAAACAUAAGAGUGAUGUCUAUGUGCCGCCAAAAGUGGCACAAAUGAGGUUUGAUGAAGAAGAAGAACGCAAAACAAAGGCAUUGCAAAGAGCGAAGAUGAAAGCCAUCAACAGCUCGAUUAUCAAUGAAUUGCGUCAAGAGUUUGACACUCGACCUGAAGAAGUGUCACAUUCUGGUCAAUCGAAAAACAAUAAAAUGAGUCAAUUCUUGAAUGAGAAGAAUCAAUUUGAAGAAGAAUUUAUGACUCGAACUAAUUUGACUAAAAAACAGAAAAAUGAUUUGAAAAAAGCGGGAACAAUGAGUUCGUUGGCCAAUGAAUUGACACAUUUUGAAGAUAUUACUGCUUUGGAUAUCGAAGAUACCAACGAUUUUCAAUUUACUAAAAAAAAGAAGAGGGGAUCGAAAAAUUCAAACAAAAAAUUUAAAAAGAAUAAUAAAAAGUUUAAAAAAUAAAUAUUGAUUUUUAA